AUGGAUGCCGCUUCUGCUGAAAAGGAGAGGACCUUCCUGGGUUUCUGGUCUUUUCUUCUGCAGGCGCCAUUCGACUUCGUUUGGCAAUAUCUUCGGCGUUACACACCAAAUCUAGUGUCUCUUUCCGUUUUCCUUAUUUUCAUUCCCAUUAUCUGCACUAUCUCUCUAUCUGCUGGUGUUAUAGUCUGGAGUAAUGUUGCUGUAGGCUGGCAGAUACCUUUGUAUCUACAAUAUGGCGACGCAGUGCAGCCUUACGCCCAUGCGGUCUUGGAAGAUCUCUCCUCGCGCCAAACAUAUAAUAUCGUUCUGCAGCUUGUUGUUCCUUCUACGGAUGCCAAUUUUGCUUUAGGCAAUUUCAUGAAUAGUCUGAGGCUGUCGACAAUCAAUAAUGAAACACUAGCUAUUGCUCGUCGCCCAGCGAUCGUGAUUCCUCCAAAAUCGCCCUACUUUUCGGGAAAACCCCAUCUGGCCACAAUCGACAUACCGAUGCUGGACUCUUUCGUUCCUGGAAGUACGAAGGUGACCGUAGACGUAAAAAUAGGAAGACAAGAUGUGUGGAGAAGCCUAGGGCAUGGCGAAGGUCGUGAAUUGAAUGUCUAUUCUGCUUCUUUGAAGGGCAUCCUUGCACAUAAAGGAAUACGCGGUCUCGUGACACGUUUUCCAACCGUCUUUUCCGUUAUUUGUUCGGCCAUAUUUUUUGCGAUACUUUUUUCUAUAUUAGCGGCGUGUCUUCUGCCCUCCAUACUAGGCUCGACAUCCUCAAAUAAUAUCAUUGAACCAUCCAAGCCAUUUGAUGGUAGCGAACAUCAACCAUCGACAGUGCCCGCCGAAGGUCAAUUUCCUGAUGAUUCCUCGAGUACUGAAACGGACGCGUCGGAUCAGCAAGAAGAGCAGGAAGCAAAGCCAUCGAAGUCUGCAAGGAGACGCAAGAGGCGAAGCGCUAAGAACAAGAAUGCGAGCGAAGUAUCGGUGAAGUGUUCUUUGAUUCAUUCCCCUCAUAAAUACUAA